GGAAGUGUCUUGAACAGUCGGCUUGUAAGUGUAAAGAUGGCAGGGGUGUUUGAGGUGGAGGUUGACGGUGUGGAACACAACCAUGGACACGGACAUCUCGACGACGCCUCUCAGGUUGGAUAACAGCUAUAGCGUUACGUGCAUAACGUUAGAUAUUGAUCUGUCCCAGCUCUCACCAGAGGAGAAGUGGAGGUUGGAACAUGCUAAAAUGCAUGCCAAACACAAAGGGCAUGAAGCAAUGCAUGCAGAGAUGGUUCUCAUUCUCAUUGUCACACUCGUCAUUGCUCAACUUGUCCUGGUUCAGUGGAAACAGAGACACCCCAAAUCAUACAAUUUGGUAACCCUCUUCCAAAUGUGGGUGGUUCCUCUAUACUUCACCACUAAGCUGCAUUGGUGGAGGUUUCUGGUGACAUGGUUCAUCUUCUCCAUUGUCACAGCCUUCAUCACUUUUCGCGCUACCCGCAAACCACUGGACUGCACCACUCCAAGGCUUGUUUAUAAAUGGUUUCUCCUUUUGUAUAAGAUCAGCUACACCACAGGCAUUGUGGGCUAUACUGUAGUUAUGUUCACCCUCUUUGGCAUCAAUCUUAUAUUUAGAAUAAAGCCAGAAGAUGCCAUGGACUUUGGUGUGUCCCUGCUUUUUUACGGCCUGUAUUAUGGUGUACUUGGUCGGGAUUUUGCAGAGAUGUGUGCAGAUUUUAUGGCAUCUACAGUUGGGUUUUACAGUGCAUCUGGAAUGCCCACUAAGCACCUGUCAGACAGCAUCUGUGCUGUCUGUGGUCAGCCUAUUCUUGUGGAUGUGAGUGAAGAGGGGAUCAUAGAGAACACCUACAGACUCUCCUGCAACCAUGUAUUCCAUGAGUUUUGCAUACGUGGCUGGUGCAUUGUGGGCAAGAAGCAGACGUGUCCAUACUGCAAAGAAAAAGUUGACCUUAAAAGGAUGUUUAGUAACCCGUAUCCUUUUUUGCCUUCAACAACACAGGCCUGGCUUCAGACAUGACUUAGAUUAAGCCAGGAUUAUGCUAUAGUUCAAUUUGGACAUUUUAGUAGCUUUUAUAAAAGUGCCUAAAAACAUUGGUACUGACAUAUUUUAGUAAAACAGUUCCCCCAUGCAUUUUAGUCUUGAACUAGGCCUACAUUUGUGAAAUCAGGGGCAUGUCCAUUAAAUCAAACGUAUCCUGCAUCAUUUAUGCUAUAUAUUAUGGAUGCUACUUUAGUUAUAAAUUCUAGAACAUGAUUUGUACUAUAGAUAGUUUGUUGCAAGUAAGCAUCCCAAAAGUCCUGUAAUACUUUUAAUAGAGCAGAAUAAAAUAUUGGCUAAUUUUGGUUUUAGUUCCCAUUUCAAGUUUACUAUAGUUUGUCAUACUAUCUCUCUAUGAGUCACAAGAGCCAACAGUAGUAACGGUUUGGGGUUCCCACUCUUGUCAUAAGCUGAACCUGCCCGUAACUUUUUUCCCCCGAUUUUAAAGGUUCAGAUCAUAAAGCAG